UGGCAACGAGCAGCUGUCACUUCUCAAAAUGUCUGACAUCGAUGACCUACUGAACUACGAUGAAAAUGAACUGGGCGAUGUCGACUUGGACGCCAAUGAGGACGAAUUGCUGCUGUCGGAUGAGGAAACCAGUCCUACAAAGUCCUCAACGACAUGGGAGACAAAGAGUCCUGUGUCGUCGGAGAGGAGUUUACAGCCCAGCACCCAGACAGAUAACACAGAUUGCAGAGAGCAAGUGGACAGCAGUACACAUGUAGUUAGUGCUCCGGAAACUGAAGUCACAACAACUGACGAUCAGCUGGAGACUUCUUCUGUUGAGUGUCAAUCUCAGAAGAAUGGGGAAGUGUCUUCGACCAUCAAAGACACUGUCGAGAGUACUCCCACAAAGAUUGAGCAGGCGUCUCAGGAAUCUGAAGAGCCUCAGUCACAGGAAACAACAGACAUCACCAGCGAAUAUCCCUCGUCGGAGACUGGAACUGCCACAGGGACGGAUGAUGUCAUUGAUCUGGACUAUUCCUACACAGACGGAGUACACUCCGUGCCUGUUCCUUCCGCAGACGUUGAGGACUCUGAUGGCCCUGGCGAGAGGCGAAAUCCCAAGACUGUGGCCGAGAGGGAAAGCAUGGCCUCAGACAGUGAUGAUCAUCAAUUCAGACACGAUAGAAAUAUGCGAGGAUUCCCACGGGGCAGAAGGGGCACAAUGCGUGGGAUGCCUGGACGAUAUUCCAGAGUCCCUCCUGCUGGGUAUCCUCACUACCGCCAAUCACUGCCGAAUGAGAAUUUUAACCCACAGACGCCCCAAAUAGCUCCAGAUUUUCAAUUUCGCGGCGUCUCUCCGGAUCUGCCGACUUCCAGUGCGCCGCAGAUCUACGAUGAGCGAUCUCCGGAAUUCCGUCAGCCACCACAUUCAACUGGCUACAGACCCUGUGGACCUCAGGGCUUUGCUCCCAUUAUGAGUCCGUUUGAGCACAAGCCCGGAGGAGGAGGAGGAGGGCCUCAGAUGUUUGGUCCGGGAAUGGAUUUUAGGAGUCAAGGACCGAGAGGAAUGGAUUUUGGGCCAAGGGGAAAUCGUCAUCAGUUCCGACCUUUCAAUCCAAAUGGCGUUAGGCCAAAUUUCAGGCCGAAUAUGCCCAGAAUGCCGCCCAGAUUGGACGGCAUGAGAGCCCCUUUUGGCAGUCAAGCUUCAUCGUCAUUUCCUGCCCCUCCGAGGCCCCUGCAAUCAUACCCUGGACCUCAGAAUCACAUGACAAUGUCCCAGCAGCCACCGCCGCAGCCUCAGUCAAAAUUGCCCCGGAAGGUGCUGAUCAAUCCCAAUUUCAAGGGAGGCGUCGAAGCUGCCACGACGCAGUUGAUGAUGGACACUCUGCAGCAUCCGCAAUUUAUCAAUUCCAUCAGCAGUCACGUGAGCCAUCUGCACAGUGAUGAGGAAUUGCUGCGGCAGCAGGAAGAGUUCAUCACGAAGAAUCGCAUGCACAUCGAGAAGAGGCGACAGGAGAGGAGUCCGGAACGGGAGAGGGACAGAGAUUAUCUGUCACCGCCGCCGAGGAGAGAACGCAGAGCGUCGAGCAGGGAGAGGGGCAGGGGAGGCUGGAGGAGUCGCAGGGGGGAUUCGAGGGAGCCAGAAAGGGGCGGAGAGUGGCGCAGGAGGAAAAGGAGUGCGAGUCCGGACAGAGGCAAAGGGGAUGACAAGAGGGAAAGGCAGGAGGAUGAUGAAGAUGAAGAAACGAGGGCAUAUAGAAUUGAGAUAGAGAAGCAAAAGGCCAUGAGGGAGAAGAUCUUGAGGGAUAAGGAGAUGCGAAGGAGGAAGGCAGCCGAGGAGAAGGCGAAAUUUGAGCAACAACAGCAGCAAACGACAGAAAAGAAGCCCCAGGAAGCUCAACCAGCCCAGAAGCUUACCCCUCUAGUCGUGACCGAGAGCAAAAUAAUCUCGCUCAAGCGAAAAGCUGAUCCGCCAAAUCCUCAGCCAGUGGCUGCAAAACAGCCGGCGACAAAUAGUGCUGCUGCUCCGGCAAAAGUUCCGGAACCACUGCCGGACUAUUUGGAUGAUGAUGUGGCAACUCCAUCGCCACCACCGCCGCGAACUCAUACGCCGCCGCAACCGCCUACGUCGAGUUCAGUGGCGCCAGUACAGCGGCGGCUGGUACUGAAGCCGGCUGUGGACACACAGAAAGUCAGCCUGGCCUUUGCGGCAGAUUCCACGGAGACAACGAGUAAACCCAAGGGGAUCUUCGACAGGUUGGAGAAGAAGAUUAGUGUGCCAGAGGCGACAAAGAGGAAAAUUCAAAGAAUUGUGAUUAACAAUAUGGACGUGAAGAGAACAAAAGUUUUAAUACUUGGACGAAAUGAUGAAGAAAAAUCAAAAAUAAGAAAAUGAAAAAGGGACAAUUUUUUUCAGGAAUUUUCUUAUUCUAAAGGAGUUUUUUUAAGUGUUUAUUUUUUUUUGAGAGAAGAGAGAAAAAGUUAUUGAAUGGCUUAUUUUGUUCCAUGUUUUUUUUUUUUGACUGAUAAAAAAUUUCCCGGAAAAUUCCUCCCCUACAAUUUUUUUUUGUAGUAAAUUCAAGAGAAAAAAUAGUUUAUUAAUUUUACUUUUAUACUUUCUCCCAAUUUCUUUUGGAAAUAUCUUUAAAAUAUUUAAAAAAAAAAAAAAAAAGAUUCUGAUUGCCCUUGGAGAGCAAAUUUUUAGGAGUAUCAACUUACAACUUUUAAAGUAUCUUAAUUUAAGAGGUUUAGAAUAGUAAGAGAGAUGGAAAGGUUUUUUUUUCAUUUUUCAAUAAAUCUUACAUAAGAAAAAGAAAUUAAAAUGUUGUGUAGUCACAAUAACAAUUAUAUAUAUAUUUGUAAACAAAUUUGCUCUUUUUUUUCCUUUUCAUAAAGUAGAAUUAAUGAUUAUACUGAGAAGAAUAUUUUAGUGUUAAGAUUAAAGAAAAAAAUAAUAAUUAUUGUAAUAUGAGAGGGAGAUAUAAAAAGAUAAAAAUGAUUAACUUUUUGGGAUUAAAAAAAGUUAAAUGUGCGUGUGUGUGAGUUAUAGAUAAAAAAACUCAAUUUUUUUUGUACAGUUUUAAUUUUUCAAAAUUCUUUCCGAAAGGGAAUUAACUUUGUAGGUCAUCAAACUAUCUACUGAUUACAAUUCCUUUUUCAAUACUAAUAAAAAAGAAGAAAGAAAACAAAGAUAAAACCAGACACUAUCGCUGAUAGAAGAAAAAAUUUUAUAUGUUAGGCAUUUAAAGGGACCGCAAAAAAAAAACAGUGGCAUAGAAAUCCACUGAAUAAUUCACGGAGCAUUUUCUGCAGAAAAAAAAGAAGAAAAUAUUGUGAAAAAAAUUAUAAAUAGAAAAAAAUAUGUUAGAAAUUCUUUUAUUGUGUGUAUCAACAAAAGCACGACUCAUCAGUCCAUAACCAUCAACAAUUUUUUUUGUUGUCUCCAUGAGGAUAGAACACCCUUUUAUUAUUAUUGUUUUUUUUACAUUUAAAAAAUAAAUUUUCUGCAGUAGCAGAGUCAGAGAUAACAAUUAAUAAAUUAUAAGAAAAAACACUAUAGGUGAGAUAAUAAAAUUGCAAAUAGAGGUUUAACACAGCAGAAGACAAGGCAAAAAAAAAUAAAAAUAAAAAAUAUGCCAACUACAGAAAAGAGUCAUCACCGAACGACGAAUAAAAAAGAAGAGAGUAAGGAGGAAAAACUUAAA